AUGAACCAGAAUAAAGAUAACGUUGAGCCGACAAUAGAAGAUGUUAGUCCAUUCGAAAAGCUUCGAGAAGAUCUCUUGAUAGAGAUAUUGAUCAGAGUUCCAAUAUCAGAGUGGGAACAUGUAUCUUCUGUUAGAAAACAGUGGGCGAGUUUGUUCCGAGGAGAAUGCUUGUGGCAUACUGCUCUUAACCGGACCUAUCCUCUUGCUAGCAGAACUCAGAGAUGGAUUGGACCAAUCCGGCAAGGAUUAAGCAAACGGUUGAUAUCUAUGAAAAUGCUAGCUGAAAAAUGUUGUGAUCGAAUACUCUCUAUUAUUUAG